AUGAACGGAUAUCCACACAUUAGAAAAAUGGAAACACCAAUCUCACUACAAAAACAAAAACAAGAACAAGAACAUCAACAUCAGCACAGGAGAAGAAGACUCUCCGAGGAAAUCGUCUCCUUGCUGAGGCUCAAAGAGUUUAGAAGACUCAACCCAGUUCCGUACUAUGCUCCGCGUAGGGCAUCACAGCCACAAUCGGUCAGUGGGUCUACUUUCAAAGAAUAUAACGAGUACGUUGAUGAGAAGGAUUCAAAUAGAUGGCAACACAAGAGCGCGGUCUUGGCUUUAAACAAACUUGCGCACGAUUUCUGGGAGAAUGACUGUGUCAUUGACGAGGAUGCAUUCGAGGAAUCAUCCGACGAAGAGCAAUCCUGA